AUACAGACAUUUCGAGACCUGUCUCGAGUGCCGAACAUCGUUGGAGCAAUCGAUGGCACUCAUAUAAAUAAUGGUGUUGGAACAUAUGUCAAAAACUUGUAAAGUUGCGUGGGAUUUUUGUCAAAAAAGCAAGUCACCUAUCUAGACGCGUUAAGGGGACUCUAACGAACAUGAAAAAUGUUGUCGGCAAUUUUUUAACUUAAUUGCUUAACAGAUACGUUUUCAAGUGAGAUACACUAUUAUGUGUCAUAGGAGUAAUUCUGAUAACAAUCUGUUGAAAUGAAAGAUAGUUUUCAGGUACUUUAAGGUCCAGCCUCGUGUCCAUGCUAGAAUUCAAACGUCACAUUAUAAAUCCACCCUUGUGGCUAUCGGUGCAAGUUACAAAAUUGCCGACAACAUUUUUUAUGUUCCUUAGAGUCCCCUUAACACAACUAGAUAGGUGGCUUGCUUUUUUUUCAAAAUUCCGACGGGAUUACAGAUGCUCCCAGACUAUAAAUGCACCUCGUGAAGACUUUGGCAUUCAGGCAGUAGCAGAUGGGAACAUGCACUUUCUGGAUUAUUCUGCUGGCUGUUCAGGAAGUAUGCAUGAUGCCCUUAUCUUGCAGAACAGCACAUUAUAUCAAAGAGCUGAACGAGGACACAUACUUACUAGACAUAUUUACUAG